AACAUAAUGUGCAAUAAGCAAAACGCACAGAGACAAAUACCAUCUCACAUUAGUCUAAUAAAACAGUAAUAUAUGGGGCGCCGUUUCUAAAAUCCUGCGCAGUUUGGGUACAUUUAGCGUUAUCAUAUGAAUAAAAAAGCAGGACAAUAUUCACAUGUCACUUUUUCAAACAUUUUUACUAUGGAAGUCGAUGGGGUCCAUCAACUGUCUGAUUACCAACAUUCUUUAAAAUAUCUUUCUUUGUGCUUAGCAGAAUAAAAAAAAUCAUACAGGUUUGAAACAGCUUGAUGGUGAGCCCUGGUAAUAGAAGGACUUUCAUGAACUAUUCUGCAUAAUGAGAAUGAAAAACACAGAACAAUAUGACUCCAUGACACAUCAUGAAGUCCCUUGAAGUCAAGACACAUGCAAACAGUAUCGUUUCAGUAUAAACUAUGGACAGGAGAUCAAACCUCUUUUUGGAGUUAUAAGUUAUGUUCUCACUUACAUUAUAUUUAUGCAUUUGUAAUGCAGGAUAUCUAUAUGAGUCUUGAAUUGUUUCAUUAUAACUUAGAAAUUGCAUUUUUUUCCUCCUUUUUGUGUAUUGUGUAUUAUAUGCACAGUGAAUAAUGCACUUAGAGCACAUUACGGUGAAAAGUAAACUAUUGAGUUCCCAAAGGUUUUGACAAAAGACAGUCUUACUGGAUUAGUUUGUUGUAUUGCUUGGACCGGGUUUUCUGUUCUACUCCAAUAAAAGCCUUUUGUGAGAACUUGGCCAGAGCUUCAGCUUCAGCUAGGAAAACAUAAUUGUCAAACAUGUGCUAUGUUGAACUUUUUUUGAAUGUUUAUGGAGACCACGCAUUCUGAAUUACAACCAGCCUCCAUCAAACAUUUGAUUACAGUUUGCCGUUUGUCAUUCCUGCAGAUCUGUUUUGACAGAGCCAACUAUGGAGUGGUUUUCUGUCACUUAUGUACUAAACUAAAACCUAUCUAUCAAUACAUCCAUCCAUCGGUCUUAUUUAGUCCAUUCGUUCCUUACAGCACACAAUUCCUCCUAAGAUACGUAACAAUAAAAAUGUUUUCAAAUGUUCUAUCUGAGUAACAUUAAUUUUAGGCCUACGUACCAAAUGGACAAUCCGUCCCCAGCAGAAAAAUAAAGAUAAAGACAUUUUGGCUACACUUACUUCAGUGUGUUGCACACCUCUGCUGAAGGGGUUAAUUAGUUCACAAGCUCCUGCGCAACACACACACACACUCACACACACACACACACACACACACACACACACACACACACACACACACACACACACACACAAACUGCUGUCUCAGCAGAAAACCGGGGGAAAAUGGAGGAUGACCAGUGCUUCGUCCCCUAUGGAUAAAUCUGAUCCCUCUGCAUGUGUCAGUGGUUGUGGUUAGACUGUCAGACGAACACAGUCUCACUGUUCACUUCAAGUUGAUAUUGUUUUUUCUCAAACCGCCGGAACCAUCAUCACGGGAUGCGCCUACGGUAAAAGGUGGGGGGGGCUCCGCACGUCCAUGUGUGAUCGCUCUGUGUUGUACUGACUGAGGCACUUUGUUGUCGCUGAAGUGCAGUCCAUAUGUUGACGGUGAAAAUCUUUGGCUUUGAAUCAAUGGGCUUGAUUCAUAGUUUUUCCAGUGUUGCCAAAACCUUUAUCACGCUCACAUUUCAAAUAUGAUUUGUAAUCACACUGUUCAAAAAGCAGCAGAAAAAGGUAGGGAACCUUUUUGAAAAGGCGGCGUCGUUUAGUGAAAGUCAAAUCUAUGCAGCUCACGCCAUUUCUGCAUUUGAUCUCUCAAAACUCGAAAUGUUCUACAGAUCCACACAGAUCAUCAUGUCGAGCUCCUGUGACACCCUGCGGUUUCGUUUCCCCACCCACGCGGACUCCAUCCUCAGCAAGAUCAACGCUCUGAGGGAGGAGCAGCGCUUCUGUGACAUCACACUCCUCCUCGGGGAUCCGCAAGGCGCCGCUGGUCAGCCUCUCCACUUCCACGGCCACAGGGCCGUGCUUGCCGUGUCCUCAGACUUCUUACGUGACCAAUUCCUGCUCCACGAAGGCCGGGCCAAGCUGAGCGUGGCUGUAGUUUCCCGUGCCGAGGUUGGCAAGAGACUUCUGCUGUCGUGCUACACCGGGCUCUUAGAGGUCCCUCUGAGUGACCUGGUGAGCUACCUGACCGCCGCCAGUGCCCUCCAGAUGAGUCAGGUGGUGGAGAGGUGCUCCCGGGCCAUCUCGCAGUACCUCGGCCCCACACUGGCUUUGAAACCAGAGAGACACUACAGGGAGAUGGACGGCGAGCAGCCAGGUGACAGCUCCAGUAAUCAGGAGGAAAAGGACGCUGCGCUGCCCAGCAUUAGCGUCCAGGAGGCCAGUACAGAGGAAGAAGGGCCGGUGGUGUUUAAGUCCAAGUCAAGGUUCGGUCAAGGAGCAAAGACUGGCGGCCGGGAGUCAGAGGAAGGUGGAGACAUCAAGCCUGCGAACACAAACCAGCCACCCUAUCAAGUUCAGCACGCUACAGGUGCUCUGAGAUGCGACUCUCCCACAGCGUUUGAAGACCGUAUAUACCCAACAACCGAUUUAGGUUCUGCUCCAUGCAAAACAACGGUGUACAGUGUCCAGAACCAAGGGAAGGAAGCAGAGGAGGGGCAAAGCGAAGAGGAACAAUUGUUCUUGCUGGAAGCUCAACCGCAAGGAUGUGGCGAGCCCAGGGACACCCAUCUGUUUUACAUCCCCGGAGGCAAUCUGCCAAAGAGCCGUUGUUCUGGAGAUGAUCUGGAGGAAUGCUCGGACCGCAUAUCGAUGCAGAGGCCGUACCUGUGCAGGAGGUGUGACAGAGUCUUCCAGCACCUGGAGAGCUACUUGGGCCACCUGAAGCAGCAGCACAGACAGUACUUGUGUUUGGUCUGUGGGAAAGGUUUUUCCCACAGAAUCAACCUGGUCCGCCACAUACGCGCGCACACCGGGGUCAAGCCUUUUCGAUGCCCGCUGUGCCACAAGACAUUUUCCCAAAAGGCCACGCUGCAAGACCACUUUAAUCUGCACACAGGGGAUGAACCCCAUAAGUGUAAAUACUGUGGCCUGCUCUUCCAACACAAGGUAGGCCUAAGGCGCCACCUGAAGGACAUUCAUGGUAGUGGUCCUCAGAACAUGAUCGAGGAGGCUGUGCACUGACGGUAGAUCAGCAGUUAUGACACGAGAGUCAUUAUUAUGGGGUUAUUGGUAGUAACUUAAGGAGCAUGUCAAAUAAAGUCUAUCAGGGAAAUAACCCAUAAAAUGAUUUAGAGAAAUGCCUUAAUAGAGGCGAUCUCGCUUAAGUGUUUCCAAAUCCAUGAGGUAAUGCACUUCCACUGUAACGUCUGGCUAAUGGAUACAAGUGCCAUUUGUGGUGUUGUCCCGACAACUGCUGGGACAAUGCAUUGAAUUAAGUGCUGUAGCAUGCAAUGAAUAAACUGUUAUGCUGUACAUCAUCUGUUAUGUACAAUAGUGAAUUCAAUUCAACAGGUUUAGUUGGUAAUCAUUUCACACAGCUUUUAGAAUGCUCUUAUAACUUAUAGGUUGUUGUUGUCUCUCUGUUCCCUCUGAUAUUUCUGCUUUACCAAGAAGACGUUCCAGAAUAAACUACUAGAAUGAGUUUUAAGACGGGAAAUUAUACAAUGAACAAGUUAAUAAUGCUUUAAUUAAUACAUAAUCCAGAGAAAAUGGUUGACUUAAAAUAAA